AUGGCCCCUCCACCGACACCAGACACUGGGAGGUACGAGGAGCUAAGCACCCCGGCACUCCCAGGUCUCCUGUCCAAGAGACUUCAGGGCUAUCUGGACGAUCUGGCAGACCAACUCCACGAAUACCACGUGGACCAGGCGGAGCACACCAAAGACCUCAAGGAGGCACUGGAAGCCCGGGUCAGGAGGGAGGCCAGAAGGGCGAAAAAGGCCAAGGCCAAGAAGAACGAGAGCCGCCAGAAGGAGCAGAAAGAUGGGGGUGCGGGCGGGGCGAGCCUAGAUUCGAAGACAAAAGGUGCCACAGACGAAAAGGGCAACCUGAUUUUCUGGAGCUUACCUUGA